UCCUCUAUUCUUCGCAUCUAUAAAGGUCCUGGUUUUUCCAAGGCUUUUUUUUGUAGUCUCAAUCGCACAGGGAUAAGUGGUGAUGGGUAAGACUGGAACUCUGUUGAGCUUGCUGGGAGUUGCGUAUGCUCAUGAAGCCAGGAGUAUUACCAGGUGAUUUGGUGCUUAUACCCUGCGGUGGUGGGGCCUUUUUGGUCUGUAGUGGAGGCGCUGCACUGGCCGUGGUGUCUCAGUUUAAAUGGAUCACAGCCUGGUAUUAGGGUGUUAUUGGAUAAAGGUAUUACUGUCUGAAAGGUGUGGAGUCAGGUAAAGCCAUGAGGACAGUGGGCCUUGGGUCAGGAGGAGGAUCUGCUGUCCAGCUGCAGGUGUUGCCCCGCCUUCCUGCGCCUCCCCUCUCCUUAGUCUCACCUCUUUCCAUUCCUCUGUCGUCCCUCCUUUUUUCUCACACGCCUUCUCUUUUUUCUCACACGUGCUGUUGCGCUUGAACUUCUCACUUGGCUGUCCCUUGCCCUGUCCGUGCUUUCCGUCUCUGUCUUCCUCUGUCACCAUGCUCUCCUUCUGAGUGUCCUUGUCGUCGCCCUCGGUUGCCAUGGAUUUGGGCAGCCUGACCACGGUGGUUGCCAACUCGACCUACAUCAGUGCCCGGGGUAGCUUUGACGGCUCCAACUCGGCCGUCUUGCGUGACAAGAAGUAUCACAGCCGCCUCAAACUGCCCCACAUCACGGUGUGCGAGGGCCUCCAGGAGUCCCUGGACCUCUCCUUUCAGUGGGUCUGCGUGCAGCAGCCAAUUGGCAAGCGCCUGUUCCGUGAGUUCCUGGAGGCGACACCCGAAUACCAUGGCCCGUGCCACCUGUGGCGGGACAUUGAGGAGUUUGACUUGGCCGAGGACUCAGACCGGGCCCAGAAGGGGUCCCGGAUCAUCCAGCGCUACCUGGAGUCCUCGGCCAAACUCUACUGCCCUUUCCUGACCCCGGAGAUAGUGAACCAGGUGAAGGAGUCCCAGAAGGGGGCCGGGGAUGGCCUCUUUGCCCAGACGCUGGCCUCGGUGCUGGGAUACCUCCAGGAGGCUCCCUACGCCUUCUUCCUGGAGAGCAUGUACCUGAAGAGGUUCCUCCAGUGGAAGUGGCUGGAGAUGCAGCCCAUGGACCAAGACUGGUUCCUGAACCUCCGUGUGCUCGGGAAGGGUGGGUUCGGAGAGGUGUCUGCCUGUCAAAUGAAGGCCACAGGGAAACUGUACGCCUGCAAGAAGCUCAACAAAAAGAGGUUGAAGAAGAGGAAUGGCUACCAGGGUGCCAUGGUGGAGAAAAGGAUCCUUGCCAGGGUUUACAGUCCUUUCAUCGUGUCACUGGCCUACGCUUUCCAGACCAAGGAUGAGCUCUGUCUGGUCAUGACCAUUAUGAAUGGAGGAGAUCUGAAGUACCACAUCUACCUGGUGGACGAGAACAACCCAGGGUUUGAGGAGCCCAGGGCCUGUUUUUACGCUGCUCAGAUCAUCCAAGGAUUGGAGCACCUGCAUCAGCAGAGAAUCAUCUAUAGAGACCUCAAACCUGAGAACGUGCUUCUGGAUAACAAAGGUAAUGUGCGUAUCUCUGACCUGGGUCUGGCUGUGGAGCUGAAGGAGAAUGAGGAAAAGGUCAAAGGCUACGCUGGGACACCAGGGUUCAUGGCCCCAGAGCUGCUGAAGGGAGAGAUGUAUGACACCUCGGUGGACUAUUUCACCCUUGGGGUCACACUCUUUGAGUUCAUGGCUGCCAAGAACCCAUUCAGGGAACGAGGGGAGAAGGUUGAGAAGGAGGAGCUGAAGGAACGUAUCAUGACCGGGACUGUGGUCUACCCAGAGAUGUUCAGCGAGAACGCCAAGUCCAUCUGUUCCGCCCUGCUGGAGAAACAGGUGAACCUGCGAUUGGGCUUCAGGAACGGAACCUGCGAUGAGAUCAGGGUGCACCCCUUCUUCAGUGGCAUCAACUGGAGGAGGCUUAAUGCCGGCAUCCUCUCCCCUCCGUUUGUCCCCGACGCCAAGGUGGUCUACGCCAAGGACUUGGACGACGUGGGGGAGUUCUCCUCGGUGAAGGGCGUGGUGCUGGACAACGUGGACAGUGCUUUCUUUGACGAGUUCUCCUCCGGAAACAUCCCCAUCCCCUGGCAGGAGGAGAUGAUUGAGAUGGGGGUGUACGGCGAGCUCAAUGUCUGGGGUCCCACCGGCACCGUGCCCAAUGACCUCCGCAGGGAGUCCAUCUUGGAGCAGCCCAGGUCAUCUACCUGCUGCUUGUCAUGACUUUCUCCAAGGAGACAGGGCACAGAGAAUAGGGAGCAAACACAGUCCGCAGACUUCCGAGGUGAAGUUCUGUCUGGAGGUGUGGAACAUUCCACUGUCUGAUGACAUCACUAAAGGCAACCAACGGAAUCUUUAUUGAACAUUUGACGUCAUAGAAUAGAACAGCGAGGGGAAGAGCUGUCAAAAACCUGGGGACAAACGUCGCUAUUCUGACAAUGACACCUGGACCCAAACAGGCACUCGGGGACAGUCCAUAACAGCCAAUCAGGUUAUUCGGUUAAACGUUGCCAUGGAGAUGGAAUCAAUCAAAUUUAUCUAUAAAGCCCUUUUUACAACAGCAGUUGUCACAAAGUGCUUUUACAGAAACACCCGGCCUUAAACCCCAAGGAGCAAUU